AGGCCUUGAAUCUGUAUUUUAAUAGUGUGCUUACUUGGCUGUGGUGUUGUGAAGAGAUCACUGAAAAUGGAGUCAGAAGCGUGAUUUGAGCCUGUCAUUUGUUGUGGGGCAAGGAGGUCAGGGGAGCUAACACCUAAAGGCUCACUGUAUGCCAGGCGCAGAACUCUGUUUACAUGCGUAUUUGGUUUUUGUCACCAGACUUUGAGGUAGGUUUUACGGGUAAGGUCUUUAAGGCAAUAUCAGCUUCCUUUUUAAAAAGAAAUUCUAGAAACUGAGUUUUAGUUUCAAGAUAUCUAAUUGGUAGGGCUGAACCACAGGGUCCUAACUGUCCUUGUGAUUUAUCUCCUUUUGGUGAUUUCUUGAUAAUAGGAUGCACUUUACUUCACUUUUUGGCUCAAGCAUGGAUAGGCCACCCUUCCUUUUCAUACCUGUAGCUAAACUUUACAAAUGAUAUGCUAAUAAGAUACAAGUUACUCUUUAUCAGUGUGGUUAAUAGACCUGUUUGUUUGCUUGUUUUAAGUCUAUAGCAGCCCCACCCCCAAUCAACAAUUUCACUUUCUGAGGCUUUAGUUACUUAAUCAAACUACAGUCCGAAAAUACUAAAUAUUCUGAGAGAGAGAAGACUAUAGCUACAUAACUUUCGUUACAAUAUAUUGUUGUAAUUGUUCAUUUUACCAUUAGUUAUUGCUGUUAAUCUCUUACUGUGCCUUAUUUAUGAAUUAAACUUCAUGCAUGUGUAUUGAUAGGAAAAAACAUGGUAUGUGUAGAGUUUAAUACUAUCUGCAGCUUUAGGCAUCUGCUGUGGGGAGGCGGUCUUGGGAGAUUUGGGGGGACUGCUGUACAGUUACCAGGCACAUGCAGGCGCUGGGAUUUUACAAAUGAGUAAAAGUGGUUCUUGCUAUUGAAGCACUUAUAGUGGGAGUAGAGUAGAGUGAAAAACAUGGAAAUGUGAUUUUAAUAUGUUGUAAAUGCUUUGAUGGUGGGAGUUUUGUGUAAAACAUCCUUUUAAUUGGUACCUUAAAUUUUAAUAUUUUUUUGACGGAUCUGCUUUGGUCCUACACUUUCAAAGAACUAUCUGGACACUGUAGAUCUGUCAUGAUAUACUUUAUUAGUUAUGUUAUUAAUGGUAGAAACAGCAUGGAAAGUCUUACAGAAUAUUAGACAGGGAUAGUUGUAGUACCAAAACAUAAAAUGCCAACUAAUGUCUUCACCAAGACAUAAAAUAUACAUCUUAAAAAAUGAAUUGUAACAACACCCACAUUAUACAUCAGUGAAAACUAAACACGUUACUGCGCUAGGCUUUACUGUACAGGGGUGCUACCUCCAAGGAGAAUGUUUGUCUAGGCAGCAGAUGGACUGGAGGUGAAUAGCCUAUGAGCUAAUGAGGCUACAGAGCUUUCCUUUUUAUUUAAUUCCUUUUCCUUCAGUAGUUGCUAGGCCUUUGAAGUGCCAAGUUGUCUAAGUAAUUUGCAUAGAAUUAGUUAAGUUCAUUUGUUAACCGACUAGCAGAUAGGAAGAAAAUUGUUGUCAUGAAAUUAUUUUUAAAAAAUAAUGCUCCAGUUUCUUCCCAUCUUUGAUGUCUUUUGGUCCCACCACACUGCCUUCCUAACACCAUUUUCUGCUUUACCUCAAAGCCGGGGUUAUCUUGAGUUUAGUCUUCUCAAUCCGAGUGACUGUCAGCUUUACUCCACUUGAGCAACUUGCAGGCAAGGCCACACUUGGAACCUUUUCUCUUGGAAUAGUUCUAUCUUGGUGAUUUCUUCAGCCUUCUUUAUAUGAAGUUCUCACUCAAAUUCCUGCCCAUUCUUAUCUCUUCACUCACUUUAGGUUCUCAGUCCUUUUAAUUUGUGACUUUCAUUCUCCAGGUCCAUCCUUGUUAAAUGUCUACCAGCCAGACUUUAGUUGCCCCCGUCCAGCUUUCUCUUGCUCAGACUUAAGAUUUCUUUAGGUUCUUCCUUUGCCUUUUGAAAUUCAGCUCAACUUUUAAGGUUGAGUUCACUUGUCACCUUUCUUGCUAUCCUUCUGCAGUUCCUAAUAUUCUCUUCUUUCCCCCAAAGUGCCUUUGUAUAAACAGCCUUCUAUAUCUGUGAAUUCCAAAUCCAUGCAUUCCGAAUUCAUGGGUUAAAUCAACUGCAGCUAAAAAACAUUCAGAAAAAAGUGAAGGAUGGUUGCCUCUGUACUGAACAUGUCUAUACUUUUUUCCUUGUCAUUUUUUCUUAAUACAAUAUAACAACUUUUUACAUAGUAUUUACAUUGUAUUAGGGAUUAUAAGUAAUCUAGAGAUGAUUUAAAGUAUAUAGGAAUUUCUCAUAUCUCAGGAAGCCAAAUUUAAAAAAAAAGUAUAUGGGAAGCUAUGCAUAGGUGAUAUGCAAAUAUUAUACCACUUUAUAUCAGGGACUUGAGUAUCCAUGGAUUUUGGUAUCUGAGGGGUGUUCUGGAACCAAUUCCACAGGGAUGCUGAAGUAGGACUGUCUAUUUCAUACUAUAUUUUCCCCCCUUUCUUAGGUAGAAUAUCAGGGGCAAGGAUUUAAUCAUAUUAGUAUAUUAAUUUUAUUCAAGUUCGUAUACAUUGCCUGGGUCAUAAUAUUUAUUAUAUGCUUGAGAAAAUGAAUUUCUUUGCCCCUUCAUUUCAACUCUGAGUAAACAGCCAUCUGCUUUCUCUGUCACCUGUUGGUGGUUGAGUAUUUCUGUAGAAAGUUACCCACUGACCUCAGAACUCUUCUUCUAAAUCUUCUCCUUAGGCAGUUUUCUCUGUGCAUGAGGUUUUAUGUAAACAAAUAGAUGAAGCCUGCCCUACUCAUUUAUUUGUUCAAGCCAGAAAGUCACCUUUUUCUUCAUUUUCCAUAUUUAAAUCAUCAUUUGGUGAAAGUUCUGGCCUAAAUAACUCUUGAAUUCAUGUGCUUUUCCCUGUCAUUGCCAGUAUGGUGUAGAAGCCUCUGUCACCCCUUGUCUGGAUGCUGUGCUGCAGCAGCAUCUUAACCUAGUUGCAGUUAUUCUUUUACUCCUUCACCCAACACCCUUUUACUUAAAACAGUAAAAGUGGCUUCCCAUUGUUCUUAAGAUGAAGCACAAAUUGUUAGUUUGGUCUGCAGAGCUUUGCACAGCCUGACAGAGAAUGUCCUCCUAAUAAUUUGAAGAUACAGUAUGAUUUUAAUACUUUACAAGAAAAUGUUCUAGGAAAAGACACUUGUUUAGACUUAAGGUGAGGUCUCUGCAGUAUGAAUUAGGCAUCUGGUGAACUAUAAGCUGUCCCCGCAUUUAAACAUAAUUGGUUCUUAGAGCCUGCAACUAAAGAUAAGGCAGAAGAAUUUACUUUGCAUUUCCUGCAUUCCUCUUUUCACUUGAUAACGAAACUCCUCAUGUUAGUAAAGGUGGCACAAGAGGCAAAAAUAACAGGCUUUAUCACAGUGUUUAAGGAGAGGUGCAUGGUUCAGUGUGUGGGGACAGAGUACCUUUGUUUGUACAUUUAUUACAUGUUGAACUCUUUGUAAAUUUUACUUCUUCUUGGAUUUACCUUUUUCAGCUAUUAUGCCUUCUGUAACAGCUAAUUUAAUGAUGAAAAACUUAGACUAUGUCUUUAUAUUUUCUUCGCUUCAUGAAUGUGGAUCUCAUAAGAGUUAAAAACUAGGUUGUGGUAUAGUAUACUGAAUUCCUGUAAUGGGAUCAUGUUUCUGUAAUAUGGCUGCAAUUUAGUAUAGAAUUUUUGUAAAUAAAAGUAUAUUUAAAAAAUAUAUUAAAUAAAAACUCAAACUUUCAAUGAAAUGUUUUAAGGAUUUAACCAUACAGGACAAAUGAGCCCCUUUCUGCAAAUACCAACAGUGUAAUAUGUGUCAUUUCUUCACUGAUUGUUAGUUUGCUGCGGAUUAAAACACAGGUGAUCAUAUUCAGGCUGGUUAGAUUAGUGAUUUUAAUAUGAAACCAUUGCUUUUAGAAUAAUCAUGGGCCAGACUGGGAAGAAAUCUGAGAAGGGACCAGUUUGUUGGCGGAAGCGUGUAAAAUCAGAGUACAUGCGACUGAGACAGCUCAAGAGGUUCAGACGAGCUGAUGAAGUAAAGAGUAUGUUUAGUUCCAAUCGUCAGAAAAUUUUGGAAAGAACGGAAAUCUUAAACCAAGAAUGGAAACAGCGAAGGAUACAGCCUGUGCACAUCCUGACUUCUGUGAGCUCAUUGCGCGGGACUAGGGAGUGUUCGGUGACCAGUGACUUGGAUUUUCCAACACAAGUCAUCCCAUUAAAGACUCUGAAUGCAGUUGCUUCAGUACCCAUAAUGUAUUCUUGGUCUCCCCUACAGCAGAAUUUUAUGGUGGAAGAUGAAACUGUUUUACAUAACAUUCCUUAUAUGGGAGAUGAAGUGUUAGACCAGGAUGGUACUUUCAUUGAAGAACUAAUAAAAAAUUAUGAUGGAAAAGUACAUGGGGAUAGAGAAUGUGGGUUUAUAAAUGAUGAAAUAUUUGUGGAGUUGGUGAAUGCCCUUGGUCAGUAUAAUGAUGAUGACGAUGAUGAUGAUGGAGAUGAUCCUGAAGAUAGAGAAGAAAAGCAGAAAGAUCUGGAAGAUCACCGAGAUGAUAAAGAAAGUCGCCCACCUCGGAAAUUUCCUUCUGAUAAAAUUUUUGAAGCCAUUUCCUCAAUGUUUCCAGAUAAGGGCACAGCAGAAGAACUAAAGGAAAAAUAUAAAGAACUCACCGAACAGCAGCUCCCAGGCGCACUUCCUCCUGAAUGUACCCCCAACAUAGAUGGACCAAACGCUAAAUCUGUUCAGAGAGAGCAAAGCUUACACUCCUUUCAUACGCUUUUCUGUAGGCGAUGUUUUAAAUAUGACUGCUUCCUACAUCGUAAGUGCAAUUAUUCUUUUCAUGCGACACCCAACACUUACAAGCGGAAGAACACAGAAACAGCUCUAGACAACAAACCUUGUGGACCACAGUGUUACCAGCAUUUGGAGGGAGCAAAAGAGUUUGCUGCUGCUCUCACUGCUGAGCGGAUAAAGACGCCACCAAAACGCCCAGGAGGCCGCAGAAGAGGACGGCUUCCCAAUAACAGUAGCAGGCCCAGCACCCCCACCAUUAAUGUGCUGGAAUCAAAGGAUACGGACAGUGAUAGGGAAGCAGGCACUGAAACAGGGGGAGAGAACAAUGAUAAAGAAGAAGAAGAGAAGAAAGACGAAACUUCGAGCUCCUCUGAAGCAAAUUCUCGGUGUCAAACACCAAUAAAGAUGAAGCCAAAUAUUGAGCCUCCUGAGAAUGUGGAGUGGAGUGGUGCUGAAGCCUCAAUGUUUAGAGUCCUCAUUGGCACUUACUAUGACAAUUUCUGUGCCAUUGCUAGGUUAAUUGGGACCAAAACAUGUAGACAGGUGUAUGAGUUUAGAGUCAAAGAAUCUAGCAUCAUAGCUCCAGCUCCCGCUGAGGAUGUGGACACUCCUCCAAGGAAAAAGAAGAGGAAACACAGGUUGUGGGCUGCACACUGCAGAAAAAUACAGCUGAAAAAGGGUCAAAACCGCUUUCCGGGAUGCCGCUGCAAAGCACAGUGCAACACCAAGCAGUGUCCAUGCUAUCUGGCUGUCCGAGAGUGUGACCCUGACCUCUGUCUUACUUGUGGGGCUGCUGACCAUUGGGACAGUAAAAAUGUAUCCUGUAAGAACUGCAGUAUUCAGCGGGGCUCCAAAAAGCAUUUAUUGCUGGCACCAUCUGAUGUGGCAGGCUGGGGGAUUUUUAUCAAAGAUCCUGUGCAGAAAAAUGAAUUCAUCUCAGAAUAUUGUGGAGAGAUUAUUUCUCAAGAUGAAGCUGACAGAAGAGGGAAAGUGUAUGAUAAAUACAUGUGCAGCUUUCUGUUCAACUUGAACAAUGAUUUUGUGGUGGAUGCAACCCGCAAGGGUAACAAAAUUCGUUUUGCAAAUCAUUCGGUAAAUCCAAACUGCUAUGCAAAAGUUAUGAUGGUUAACGGCGAUCACAGGAUAGGUAUUUUUGCCAAGAGAGCCAUCCAGACUGGUGAAGAGCUGUUUUUUGAUUACAGAUACAGUCAGGCUGAUGCCCUGAAGUAUGUCGGCAUCGAAAGAGAAAUGGAAAUCCCUUGACAUCUGCUACCUCCUCCCCCCUCCUCUCUGAAACAGCUGCCUUAGCUUCAGGAACCUCGAGUACUGUGGGCAAUUUAGAAAAAGAAAAUGCAGUUUGAAAUUCUGAAUUUGCAAAGUACUGUAAGAAUAAUUUAUAGUAAUGAGUUUAAAAAUCAACUUUUUAUUGCCUUCUCACCAGCUGCAAAGUGUUUUGUACCAGUGAAUUUUUGCAAUAAUGCAGUAUGGUACAUUUUUCAACUUUGAAUAAAGAAUACUUGAACUUGU